AUGUUCCCGGAAAAUCUUCCGUUCGAACCGUUUACUUGGUCAAACAAAGAUCGCACGCAAGCAGUGGUUCCCAGGUUACCGGCCGCAUACAACCAAAGGGAACUUGGGCCGGCCGGUAACCUGGCCCUAUUCAGAUUAGGAGGCUACUAAACGCUUGAAUAUUCCCCCCGGGUCAAGCGAACUCCCCCGGUCUUAAAACAGGGCGACCGGCCUUACCCCGGGGCCGCCUUUGUACUGUACACAGCUGAAGCGUUGCUUGGACACAACACCUACUGUUCUUCCAGACUCUGACAACGAAGGUGUCUCGCCGCAUCCCGUAGCAGCACCCCACGUCUCAACACAAUCAAUCACGGCGGGGAGGAGAAAACAAGCCCUUCAACGGGGGGACAAACCACCCGUUUGGGAAGUCUUAUUCGUUUCGAUACUCCCCCCUCUGCGUAUCCCCCCUUCUUUUCCGCCGCACACACGCCGUCCAAUUUCCAUCAA